UCGUCCCUCUAAUUAGCUCACAGUGUCUGUAAAAUAAAUCAGUGUAGCGGCUUCACCCCGGCUCAACUGCAGCACGCGCCUCUUAACCUGCUCCUGGCGCGUCAAAAAAGAAGGGUCCGCGCGAUCUACCUUGACAUAAACUGAGGCGCGCAAUUGUCACGAGGAGCGCACUAGAAAUGUUUGGUUUUUUCGAUAAGUCAGUAAAGUGAGAAAGAGUAAGAGUAAAAAGACAGAAAGACAAAGAACUUUCCGAUAUCAAGAUAUCCUUGUCACUUUUACGCACUUGGCGAGGUUGACUUGAAGCGAGGCCUAAAUUUACCGACCAAGAGGGACUGGUGGGAAAUAGCCAAGUCUCCCAAGAACGUCCGGUCGUGUGUGUCAAUUCAGAGAGACGACCAAGUGAGCGAGAAGGCAUAAAAGCCCGGCGCGAGGAUGAUGUCCUACAUUAAGCAACCCCAUUACGCCAUGAACGGGUUAAACAUGUCUGGGAUGGACCUGCUACACACCACGGCUGGAUACCCAUUCUCUGUGUCUCUGGAUUUCUCAGCCACCCCACGAAAGCAGCGUCGCGAGCGAACCACCUUCACACGCACUCAGCUGGAUAUCCUGGAGGCCUUGUUCUCCAAGACCCGCUACCCCGACAUCUUCAUGAGGGAGGAGGUGGCCCUCAAGAUCAACCUCCCCGAGUCACGCGUACAGGUGUGGUUCAAAAACCGCCGCGCCAAGUGCCGCCAACAGCAGCAGCAGAGCAGCGGCCAGUCCAAGCCCCGCCCGCCCAAAAAGAAGGCGUCGCCCGCCCAGGACCAGCCCGGCGCCGGCCCAGACCCCUCAGCCAACAACCCCUCUGGUUCCUACAGCCCCUCCCCAGCCCCAUCGGGCCCCUCCCUGCCGCCCAGCGGCAACAACCCUGGCAACGCAGCCGUCUCCAUCUGGAGCCCGGCCAUCUCACCACUCCCUGACCCUCUGGCCUCUUCGGCGCCCUGUAUGCAGCGGCCCUCUGCCUACCCGAUGAGCUACGGCCAGCCGCAGGCCUACGCCCAGGGCUAUGCCCAGGGCUAUGCCGGCACCUCCUCCUACUUCACGGGCCUGGACUGCAGCGCCUACCUGUCGCCCAUGCAUUCGCAGCUGUCGGCUAGCGGUGCCCUCAGCCCCAUCACCGUGCCCUCAAUGGGGGGUUCACUGAGCCAGUCACCCGCCUCGCUCUCCUCCCAGGGCUACGGCACGGCCGCCUCGCUGGGCUUCACCUCCGUCGAUUGCCUGGACUACAAAGACCAGCAGGCCUGGAAGCUGGGCUUCAGCACCAUGGACUGCCUGGACCACAAAGACCAGAAUUCCUGGAAGUUCCAGGUGCUGUAGAGAGAGUGGGAAGAAGAAGAAGAAGAAGAGGAAGAAGAAGAAGAGGGAGGAGUUGUGAUUGAAUGAGGCUCUCGCCAGAUAUACAGUACGAUCAAAUGAUUCUGACUGAACACUUAUUUUUUUCUCUCCGUUUCUCGUUUGUAAGCUUGGUUUUUACAACCCCUGUAGAAUGUGUUUUCUAUUCAGGGGAGAGAGGAGAAGAGAGACCAGGGGACAUUAUUGAUACCUCCUGACUGUGAUUGCAGGAUAUCAGGUCCAUUUACUUUCUCAUACAGUAGAAGGGAAGGAUGCCCCUGAGGAUCAUACUAUGGGAAAGACUCGCAGCUAGAAACUGAUUUAAACACACACCAUGGUUCAGAUGCAUUGAUUGGUCUGUGAUGGAAAGACAUCCUCAAGAGAAUUCUAUUGAUACAGCCACGCUAAACUCAAUCGUUCCUCUGAUGUUUUUUCUGCUGUUGAUGGCUUGAGUUUUGUUUUCAAAAAACACAACAAUAGAUCACAUUUACAGAGCUUUGAUACUCUCUUAGUCUCUCUCUUUUUUUGUUCUGAAAAACCGUCAGUGUUAAUUUGAGUUUAGUCAUUGUUAUUCUAUGUUACAAUUUAGAUUUUCAUUUGGUUACUUUUAGGCUUUUGGAGCUAACGUGUUACUAUGGUGUUAGGCUAGCAUCAUUGCUAUUAUAUUUUGAUGGAGAAAAAAAAGUAUAUGUUUGGUUGUGUGAAAUAUUAGAGCUAACUUUGAAUCUACAUUUAUGCCCAACAAAAAUUAUUGUGAUUACAAGUUUGAGUGACAUUUUGGUUUCACAAUUUAUAGGAAAUGAUCAGGUUUGCAUUCAAACGUACUGUACAUCAUGUAUUGGUAUUCUAAAUCAAAAUGAGUUCAGUUCAAGGACAUGACUGAACCAGAAGUAAACAAGUGACCAGUUGACUUCUGAGGAUAACAGUCACCAUGUUGUUAGUUAGUUAGCUAUGGUUUCUAUUGUGUUUCUUAACAGUUUCUGUCGUGUUUCCACCUUGGCCCACAUGGCUCUCCAGUGUAUCUUGCUGUCGGUUAUUUUUGCUCAUCUGAUUCUGGAGGGGCUCAAUCCUCUUACCCUCCCUUCAGCAAUGUUCUAAGUGAAUUAGUCAGGAUUACCCCUCUGUCUCUCUUUCCUUCUCUCUAUCUCCCCAUCCUUCUUUCUGUCACCAUCUUUCUGUCUUUUUCCCAUUUCUGUAACUCUUUAUUCUCUCUCCCUCUGUCUCUAUUUCCCCACCUCUACCUCUCCCUUCUCACUUUCCCUCAGUCAGUGAGUGA